UAGUUGAACAGUCAACGAAUAAAGAAGUCAAGAAGGGUGACUGUACGGCGAACGAACGAAGCUUUUUUUUCUAUUCAUUUUUGAUAAAACACGCUUUACAAAGAAGAAUUUCUUCAUUUUUGAGAUGGCUUUUCAACGUCCAUUUUUGAUCUCGCUGAAGAGGGGUGAUUCCAGUCAGAAAUGGGGGUUCAGCAUCAAAGGCGGGAAAGAAUACCAGGAACCUCUGGCGAUUCAAACCGUAAAUGAGGACAGCCUUGCUGAAAGAUGUGGACUGAGGGCAGGCGAUGAAGUUAUCCAAGUUGGGCGAGUUAAUGUCCAAGAUCUGACUCUUGGACAGGCAUAUGAAGUUCUUGCCAGAUGUGGGAACAAGAUUGAAAUGUUUGUCAUUAGAGAGGAUUUGCUGUCGCCACGAAAAGGCAAGGAGCCUGCAGUAGUCAAAGCUGUGGUUCAUAACCCAUACAAUUCUCCAUUAUCACUGUACUCGACGGAUAACAUCGCAGAGACUCUAGCUAAACAGACCGAGGUAUUGACUGAGGGCCACAUUUCGGAAGAGGAGGAAGGACCCGAGAACUUAAGUUUUAAACAGAAAUCAGCUGUUUUUCAAUUGUUGGAGGAACAAGCAAAGCAAGAUUCCUCUCAACCGCAACAAUAUAGCAGACCAUCUGUGCAAAGUGUUGUUUCAAAACCAAAAGCAGCUCCCCCGCCACCGCCCAAACCUAAACCACCCUCGAGUGAGCAUCUUCAUAACGGAUACGAUUCUCAUCCAGUUCAAAGACAACAGAAUUACCAAGACCAGCAAAAAUCUACGUCUCGCACUGAGUACCAAGUAUCUUCUCAAAAAGUGAUUAACCAAUAUCAAUAUCAACAAGAUCAACCUGUGCAGUAUCAAUCUUCAGUGCACCAAAGUUACCAGAAAUCUCCAGGGUACCAGUCACCAUCUUUGGAAAAGCCUCAGUCUCCAAGUUUUCAAUCUCCAAAUUACCAGCAAAAGAAUUACCAAAAUACUUACCAGCAGUCGACCUAUCAGCAAUCGCCAGGUUAUCACUCACCAGGCGUCCAGUACCAGCAACAUCCAGGUUAUCACUCACCAGGCGUUCAGUACCAGCAACAUCCAGGCUAUCAGUCACCAUCAACUCCCACUUAUCAGCCUCUGAACCAGAUAAAUUAUCAGCAAGCACAAAAUAUUCAGAACAGAGAGCAAGUUCAUUCACCGAGCCAUAUUUCUGGUCACCAAAGUCAACCACAACAAAAACAGCAAGUCUCUCAGCAAAGUUAUCAAAAUCAAAAGCAACAACAAGCUCCUUCUAAUAUUUCAAGAGCUGAAUUUAAAAUUGGUCCUCCUCCACCGCCUCGUGGAACAUCAGCAAAACAAGACAGUGGAAAUAUGACUGCGGUUUACCGCCAACAGUAUGAACAGCAUUUGCAGCAGCAGUAUCAGCAGGAGCAGAUGUAUAUGAACCAAUUGGAACAGGAGGAAAGGCGUAAAGCCCACAUAGUCAAUGGAGAUAUCUUCGAGCACAAUUCAACAUCGGGCACUCCCAUCACUUACAAAGCCCCACCUGUUGCUCCUCCGAAGCCUAAUUGGCCCCCACCGCCAUCCCAGGCAGAAAUGUGGCGAGGCCCAGCACCAUCCUCUCCAACUGGUAUGAGGACAGUUGGAUCUGUUUGGCCACCGAAGAAAUCUACAGCUACUGAUUUGCCAAGGACAGGGUUUAAUCCAGCAGCCGUACGAGAACAAGGUACUGGAAGAAGAUGUGUCUGGCCACCACCAAAAUCGGAAGACGAGUUGAGAAGUGGCCGCAAUACUCCUCAAUCGCCCGUCACUGGACGACGUAUUCAAUGGAAUCCUUCACCUUCACCCCCAGUCACCCGUCGAACCAUCUCACCAGCAAGAAGGAAAGAUAUUAACUGGCCUCCCCCCUCCCCAAACAGCAUGAGUCAAGACAAAGAAAACUUUUUCCGCCCCAGCCCCCGAUUGUCCCGUAAAGCUAAUUUUGAUGAUUAUGUCAAAGAACAUGCUUCAGUUAACGUGCCCCAAACUUACAGGCCCCCUCCUGGAACCCAGCACGUUGAGUACCGUUAAAAUUUGAUCAAGUCCAUUUCUGGUGGGGAGUUUUACGUGCAUUUUACAUUUAGUUUCUUUACAAAUGGUUGUGUCGUUACACGUUCUUGGUGUUUUGCUUAAACUUGUACGUUUUAAUUUAUAGAGAUAGAUCUAUUUUGAAUGAUUCGUCCAUUUAUCAUUAAUUUGCUGCAUAAUGGCAACUUGCAUAAGCGCGAAAGAAUUGUAUUUGUCCGUUACCAUUUGGAAUUCUAAAAAUGCCAGAUACUUGUAGCAAGUAGCCACCGACGAACAUUCUUGACCUCACUCUGUGGCCUGUUAAAAAAAAUCUCGAUUCUGAACAUCUGCUUUCCGAAGAUUAUUCAGUGUGUAGAGACCUCAUAAUAAAAUAUAUUUACACACAGCCUACGUUCUUAUCUUUCUUCGGCAAAAUCCAUACUCUUAAUUUUUGCAUCGAGUUAUACCAAAGAAUUCAGUGCGUAAAGUUAAUUCAAACCUCACUUAUUUUUUUUUCUCAGUAAUAAAUAAAAUGAAUUAUUUGAAAAUAUGCGUUCUGUUCUGAUAAAUAGUUUAUUUUAACGGCUGCAAAGUGAGGUCUACAAAUGCGAUGUUUGAUCUAAAAGAUAACGAAUCCCAUAAUAAUUGAAACUUGAACGGCUUAUUUAUUGUAUAAAAUUAGCAUUUUACUAACGUAGCAAUUUCUGGAAAAUCUAUUUUGAGUAUAGUUUGCUCAAUGUCUUUGUAAGAAUAGAUUUCUGUACUGCUCUCAGCACGAACUGUUGUCAUGAAGUAUACGUUCUUCUUCCAAUUACCUAUAAUUUUCAUUUCAAAACGUUUUGAAUCUAUUUCUAUCGCACAAUUUCACUCAAUCAUUUUAAAUCAACCUUGAUAAGCCAAAACCUUUUUUCUCUUCAUCUUUUUCUAACCUAUUUCCGUUGCUGGUGUGACCUAAUUCGUGUUUCCAGUCCUACCCCCGUCUUGAUACAUCAGGACUUGAGCCAACAAUCCACUAGCAGGGCUUUUUGAUAAAAGCUGAGUGAAUCCAUUAGCUGCUAGCCAAUCUUCCUGGACAAGGAAAAGCGAUGGGAUCACGAUGCGUAGGAAACGCGGAUCUCACCGCAACAGCUACUGGAUUUCUUCUUUGAUCUCUGCGCUCCUGCCUCUCGAAUAAUAAACUUUACUCUGAACUUUUUCUUGUAAAAUGAUGUUUUCUCUUCUCUUUUGCAGACUAAUGUAUAUGUUCAUUUAGCUCUUAAAUGUGGAAUCUGACUUUUCUCUAUAAAUUUGGAGCUGCUGUUUCUGUGAUAAAGCAAAUAAAGUUUAUUAUUUGACAAA